AUGAACUGGACGUCACUCCAGGAGCUCCUGAGCGGCGUCAACAAGUACUCAACUGCCCUGGGCCGCAUCUGGCUGUCAGUGGUGCUGGUCUUCCGGGUGCUGGUGUACGUAGUGGCGGCCGAGGAGGUCUGGGACGAUGACCACAAGGACUUCGACUGCAACACCCGCCAGCCAGGCUGCGCCAACGUCUGCUUCGACCACUUCUUCCCCGUCUCCCACGUCCGCCUGUGGGCCCUGCAGCUCAUUCUGGUCACCUGCCCGUCCCUGCUGGUCGUCAUGCACGUGGCCUACCGGCAGGACCGAGAACGUAAACACCGGGAGAAGCACGGGGAGCACUGCGCGCAGCUGUACCCGGACCCGGGCAAGAAGAGGGGGGGCCUCUGGUGGACCUACCUGCUGAGUCUGCUCUUCAAGGCCGCCGUGGACAUCGGCUUCCUCUACGUCUUCCAUCGCCUGUAUGAGAACUACAACCUGCCCCAGGUGGUGGGCUGCGCCGUGCCCCCCUGCCCCAACGUCGUCGACUGCUAUAUCGCCCGACCCACCGAGAAGAAGGUCUUCACCUACUUCAUGGUGGCCACCUCCUUGGCCUGCAUCCUCCUCAACCUGGGUGAAGUGGCAUACCUGGUCGGCAAACGGUGCUCAGAGCUGCUCAGGCCACGGCGGCGGAGGCUGGUGGUGGCCCCCCGGGCGGCCUUUCCCGAUGGCUUCCCCCCAUACGUUGCCCCCCAAGUCAGUCCCUCUCAGCGGGAUGACCCAUCCCCGGGGAAGGCCGACAAUCCAGCGUCCGCUCUGAUGAGCUCGGGACACUUGAGAUAA